GCAUUUUGUUCUCGCUUUACGGAGCGCGCGCCUGCCUCUGCGCAGCCUCCAGUCUGCCGAUGACUUUCCUAAUUUGAAUGAUUCUUUUUUUUUUAAAGAAAAUAAAAUUGAAUUUCGAAGUGUUUUUAUUCGGUUGCUGUGGUCUUUGAUCUGUGAUUGCUACAUUGACUUUGAGUUGAAUCGGUGUUAUUAAGUUCAGUGUUAUAGAUUUCAAAAUGAACGGUGGUAACACAACAUUCGAAAUGUCAAUCGUGGAUUCAUACCGAAGUUUUAUGCAAAGGAACAGUGAUCCAAGAACAGAGAAAUGGCUGCUAAUGUCUGGUCCUGGUCCUUUGCUUACCAUCCUGGCGACGUACCUCUACUUCUGCACCUCUGUCGGCCCCCGCUACAUGAGGGACCGGAAGCCGUACAACUUGAAGAACUCUAUGACCAUCUAUAAUAUCUCACAGGUCUUAAUGAGCAUCUUCCUCGUUUACGAAGGAUUGGUUUCGGGAUGGUGGAAUGACUACGAAUUUUCUUGCCAACCAGUUGAUUACUCCGAUAAUCCAAAAGCCAUAAGGAUGGCGAGUGCUGUCUGGUGGUACUUCAUGGCAAAAGUGAUCGAGCUAUUGGACACUAUAUUCUUUGUUCUCCGCAAGAAGAAUAGACAAAUCUCCUUCCUCCAUCUUUACCACCACUUUAUGAUGCCUAUAUGCGCUUGGAUUGGAGUUAAAUUCUUGCCAGGUGGUCAUGGGACUCUUCUCGGCGUGAUCAAUUCUUUUAUCCACGUUAUCAUGUACACUUACUACCUCAUCUCUGGACUAGGACCCCAGUAUCAAAAGUUUCUGUGGUGGAAACAGCACUUGACUUCAUUGCAACUGGUACAAUUUUGUAUCAUAUUCUACCACAACACUCAAGUAAUGUUCGGCAACUGCAAGUACCCAAGAGGCAUCAACUUCCUCCUGGCUUUUAACGCUGGUCUCUUCAUUUACAUGUUCGGCAAGUUCUACAUCAGGAACUACCUCCAAACUCCAAAUAGAGGAAACAAUCAACCAAAGGAAGUCACAGCCAACGAAAAAGCGAAGGACUGCUAGCAAAAAGACUUAACUUAUUUUAAUUUUAAUCAUAAGCUUUAUAUUUAAGUCUAAUCGUAAAUGUAAAACUUUGUGAUAAUUGUUGUCGUCGUUACAACAUUGGUAGAUACAUAAGAUCUGGUACUAAGUUUAAAUGUUUCUUGAUAACCAUCAGCUCGAAUGUCAGUAUAAUAUUAUAUGCUCACUAUAAUGUGUCUAUUGAAACCAUUAAUAAAUAUGGAAAUAAGUUUGACGCAUUUAAAAUAUAGCAUUGCCUCCAUCAAAACAUAUCUCAGCAUUAUAGGAGUGGAAGACUUUAAUGCAAUAAAAUAUGAUAACAUUUAGGAAAAUUAUUGUAGGUAUCUAACAAUCAUGGAGUGCUCAAAGUGGCCAGUUAGUACUUAAUUGAGUUAAUUAUAGUAGCGUUAAUGGCGUAAGGAUACAUUCAACUCAAUCCAUGGCAAUUGCAGUCGAAUAGGUAGAUAUGAGGAUGUCAAUGCGAUUUAAAAUUUAUGAUUUCAAUCUUCUUCGAAUUUAGUAAAGGCAUUGACCUCGAAUUAAUCUUCUCACCGAUCUGCGCUGGUGUCGCGUGGUGGACCAAUGGACUGAGGGCCCUAUUUGUUUACUACCAUAGGGAUGUACUGUGUCCCAGCAGUGGCCACAGUGAAAAGGCUCAUGAUAGUACCAAUCACCACACAUAAAUCAGAAGCUAUCGAUGCCGUCAUCAUUCAAAGGGAUUUUAACUACAACUUUAACAGUUUUAGAAAACUGUUUUAGCGUUUGUUUCAAUUUUGCUUUUUAUGGGAUAUAUAAAAAGUAAAAAUUAAGUAUGGUUUAUUAGACUUUCUUAAAUACAUUCAGGGCUUCUUUCAGGUACCAAUAGGAAUGGUAAUUAUGAAGGAAAUCAAACUUCUAUACGUUUUAGACUCAGGAAUCAAUUGCAUAGUUAGUGUCCAGAUCUAAAGCAAAUAGUCCUGCUGUCUCUUACUUUUAUUAAAAGGUGAUGAGACGAGAUAGGCCUUUCAUUUGUUGUCGAUAAAUUACAAAACUUUAAUGCUAUAACAGGAUAAGGAAAUAAUGUAAUAAAUAGUAGAAGUAUAGUAGUAAAAAGAAAUUAAAACAAUAAUAAAAAUUGUUUAACUCUGAUUGCGCAAAUGUUAACAAUAUCAUGGUUUUGGAAAUUUAUGUUUAAUUAUUGUACGUUUUGAAUUUAGCUAUUAUAGAAUACUUAUGUGCCAUCAUGGAAAAAAAUAACACAAUAAAAAACUCUGUAGUUACC